AAAGAUAAAGAGCGAAAGAGAACGUCGGUAUACGAUAGUGGUUCAAUAUUAAUUUGCGUUGGAAGAAAAGCCCUACAGGAGAAAAGCCCCACCUACCCGAAUGUGUGUACUGUACAGCAGCGCAGCGAGCGACGACGACGGCAUCGACAGAUUCAUCGGGUUGCUAGCAGAAAGCAGCGAACAGCUCUCUCUGUGGUUUAGUAGAUUCGACACACACUCUCAGUCGGGCCGAGCCGUAGUUUGUCAAUGUAGAAAAUUAAAUCGUCUGCAGGUUUUUCCGAGAAGAAAGCGGCUGGCUAGUGAAAAACCACGGUUUUUGUAACAUUUUAUUUAGUUCAUCGUAAUCGGGUACGUUUGCGCGGUCGGGUCGGUGGCGAAUUAUAUCCAAACGAAAACUGGAAUAGAAUGUCCAGAGAUGUGAUGGCUUCCUGCUCUGGCUGUGUUAGGCGACAGUAGUGGAGACAGCCACUGCAGUGCGAGUUGCGAAAAAAGUUACCCGCUUGCUGUGAUUGAGUGUUCAAUUUGUGAAAGGUGACUACGGUAUGGAAAACGAAUAAAGUUUAAGUGAUUGCGAGAAAAAGUCAGCCCGUUCAAGUCACCAUUUCUGUCGUGAGCAUCCGGAUUUGUGCCCCGAAUCGUGGGAUCAUUGCACAAAAAAGUGUCAAAAGAAACGGUAGAACAAAAAUCGAUAAAUCCGUGUCCUGCAGUUGUAUGCGUUUGUGAAAGGCGGAAGAAAUCGGAAGCCCUGACAAAGUACUCAACAAAACAAACCGCACGAUAAAGAGGCUUCCCCGGAAUACAAAGAAAAAUGUUUAAGGCAAAAAGUUAUUAAAUUUGUGUGUUUGAUGGUGUGAAUAGAAUAGCCCAACGGAAAAAAUAAGAAAUAAAAAUUUAUUAAAAGUGAAACUUGCUGGCAUCACGCGAAAGCCCCAUCAUAGCAGGCAGGCAAACAAUGAUACCACGCCUGCUGACCACGGCCACGUGGUUGGCAAUUGUGCGGGUGCUGACACUGCUCUUACUGGCCCAUCGCAGUGGCCUAUCGGCUGCGAUACCGACCGUGAAUCUUACGACGAAUCCGGCCAACGACUCUUCACCACAUGCUGACUUGUCGGAGCCGGAAAUUCCGUACGAAGAGUUGGAGGAACCACGCGUACUACCUCUGCAAUCACUGCCUGCCGCCGUUGUCGUAGAGACAACAUCGACGGAAGCUAGCGGAACUACUGGUGCUGCUGAGCAGCAUUACUUUCUGCAGGCACUUCCCCUAGCGCUAGCGGACGGAGCCAAUCAACCCCAUCCGGACAGUAACAGUAUACUGAAGGUGAUUCUGGAGGAACCGGAAAGCAACGAUGAACCGUUUACCACUACCAGUGGGUAUCCGACAUUUUCGGCGGACGAUAACAUCGUCCCCAGCAGACCGCAGAAUUUGAGCGUACUUGAGAUUACAUCGACGACCAUCAAGAUCACGUGGCGUGAGCCGGAAAAAUCAAACGGGGCCAUUCACGGCUAUCGGGUGUACUAUGUUCACCAAAAUCAGACGCUGCUGCACCUGCCAAUACUGAAAUCGGAAGCUGCUGUGAAUUCGGUCUACACCUACACGCUGUCGAAUUUGAAACCGUACAGCGAUUACAAGAUCAUCGUAGCAGCUUUCACCAAGAAAAACGACGGUGAACCAUCGGAGGUCUCUACCCGAACGGACAUCAGCGGUCCGAGUGCACCGAAAGUAGUGAACCUAACAUGCCACAACCAGGACGCGUUAUUCUUCGGCUGGCGUAUUCCGCAGACCUACUACAACACGAUCGAUUACUACAUCAUCAGCUAUCGAAAUGUAGUGUUUGCCGAUUUCCGCGAGAUUCGUAUCACAGCGAAUGCCUCCAUCGUGGAGACUUCGAUGAUCAUCCCGAACCUGACCACCAAUAUGGUGUACGAGGUGAAAGUCCGGGCGGCAUCCACCAGUGUCAUCAAUCCGAAGCAGAUUAUUCUUGGAUCCUACUCGGAACCUAAAAAGAUUUCCCUCCAACCGAACUGUGAGAAAAUCCCGCCGCCAUCACAACGACAAUCGUACGAUGAUUACAAUCUUGCCGUCCUGGCCGGUAUCGUUUUCAGCUGCUUCGGACUUCUACUGAUCGUGCUGGCCUUCCUGCUGUGGAAGAAAUGUUUCCACGCUGCCUACUACUACCUGGACGAUCCACCGACCUCGCAGAGUGGCAACACGGCCGGUCUGAUCGAUUGGGAAGCUCCCUGCGAAGUGGGCGGUGAAGUGCGAGGUUCCGUACCGGUGACGGAGUUUGCGAAACAUGUAGCCUCACUGCAUGUCGACGGUGACAUCGGAUUCAGCAAGGAGUACGAAGCCAUCCAGGGGGAAGCACUGAACGAUGAGUACCCAUCGGAACACUCGCAGCAUCCGGAUAACAAGGGGAAGAAUCGUUACCUGAAUGUGAUUGCUUAUGAUCACAGUAGAGUUCACCUGCGACAGGUUCCCGGCCAGAAGAAACACUUGGACUACAUAAAUGCUAACUUUAUUGACGGUUAUCAGAGAUCGCGUGCCUUCAUUGGCACGCAAGGUCCUUUACCGGGGACAUUCGACUGCUUCUGGCGGAUGAUUUGGGAACAACGGGUUGCCAUCAUCGUUAUGAUCACGAAUCUGGUGGAACGAGGUCGGCGAAAGUGUGACAUGUACUGGCCAAAGGAUGGAUCGGAGAUGUACGGCGUAAUUCAGGUUCGCCUGAUUCGGGAAGAUGUUAUGGCUACCUACACGGUGAGGACGUUCCAGAUGAAACAUACUAAGUUGAAGAAAAAGAAGGCAUCACAGAUGGAGAAGCUGGUUUAUCAGUAUCACUACACUAACUGGCCGGACCACGGUACACCGGAUCAUCCGUUGCCGGUUAUAAAUUUUGUGAAGAAAUCCACCGCUGCCAAUCCGUCGGAUGCAGGUCCGAUUGUGGUUCACUGUAGCGCCGGUGUUGGCCGAACCGGAACCUAUAUAGUACUGGACGCGAUGCUGAAGCAAAUCGAGAGCAAGGGAAUGUUGAAUGUUUUUGGCUUUCUUAGGUUUAUAAGGGCACAGCGGAACUAUCUGGUCCAGACGGAGGAACAGUACAUCUUUAUCCAUGACGCCCUCGUGGAAGCCAUUGACAGUGGGGAGACGAACAUUAAGAUAGAUGCCAUCGGAGGACUUGUCAACCAUAUCGAGUACAUUGAUAGUCAAUAUAAGCUCAUCACCAGCUACCAGCCGAAAGAUAUUAACCUGACCUCGGCACUGAAGCCGGUGAAUGUCAUCAAGAACCGCAGUUCGCUGGUUCCGCUGGAGGGAAGCCGAGUUCAUCUGACGCCUAAGCCGGGUGUCGAAGGCAGUGACUACAUCAACGCAACAUGGCUGCACGGUUUCCGUCGGUUACGGGACUUUGUUGUGACCCAGCAUCCGUUGCUCGAUACCUUCAAAGACUUGUGGCAGAUGGUAUGGGAUCACAACGCACAGACCGUGGUGCUGUUGUCGUCUGCUGACAAUAUGUCUUUUCUCCAGUUUUGGCCAAACGAAUUGGAACCGCUCGAAAGUGAUUACUACCGAAUUCGAAUGGUAUCCGAGGCAACUGAGAACAACUACAUCGUGCGAAACUUCGUUAUCCAAUCGAUUCAGGACGACUAUGAACUAAGCGUGCGGAUGUUUGAGAAUCCCAUGUGGCCCGAUAUGGCCAAUCCGAGAUCGAUAUACGACUUUGCAGUCCGGGUUCACGAACGGUGUGCAGAGUAUCGAAACGGGCCGAUUGUGGUCAUUGAUAGGUACGGUGGUUUCCAAGCGUGCCAGUUUUGCUGCAUCAGCUCGCUCGCAAUGCAGCUGGAGUACGACCAGACGGCAAACGUCUAUACGUACGCGAAAUUGUACCACAACAAACGGCCCGGUAUCUGGAGUUCAUACGAGGACAUACGACAGAUCUAUCGGAUACUGUCCUACAUGCCCAAGGAGUUGGGUUUGCUCAAGUGCACCGAACUGCGGACAGAGUUCGACGAUGCGGCCAUAAUGACGGCGACGCCCGAUUUGUACAGUAAGAUUUGUAGCAACGGUAGUAUUAAUGCCCAUCUCAACAAUGCCGGUACGGGGGCGGGAAACGGCGGAACCGGCGAUGGGGGUCAAACGGGAAACGGGAUGAAUGGGGCGCCAGUGGCUGGGAACGGAACUGGCCAGACUGCACAGACCACAAUCCAAAACGGGGGCACGGUGAUUGUGAAGAUGAACGGCGAGGACAACGACGAGCUGUCGGUGGUGGUAGCCACCAGCAACCAUCUGAACUUGGAUCACAAUCAGACGUAAAUUGGGGGGGACGCAUGGGGCAGGGAUUCUAGAACGACACUCAUAGGAUUAACCGGAAAGCGCCGAGAUAAUAGUCAUGUCGUUAGUUUUACGCAGUGCUGUGUUUGGCAGUCAUGUUUUUACGAAUAGUAACUACUAAUAUUACGCAGAAAAUAGGGGUGGGGAACUCGAGUUAGGCAGAAUAGUAUUUAUUAAAAAAAAAAAAGAAAUUGUGACGCAAAUGUUGGGGUGGGACAGAGCAGAAAAAGAUGAUGAAAAAAUUCGACACUAAUUUUGAUAGUCAUGUCCGACUAGUUUAAAAGAUCAAUUUUUUUUAUUUAGAAAUAUUUUAGCGAGUAAUUCGGGUUUAAAUCACUAAUUUGGAAACGGGUGUUCGCCGAAUGGUAUGAGCUGAAUCUUUCUGUUGUACAUAAAACGCUAUUUUCCUGUUUCACGUAUAAAGUUCAUUAAUAUCCAACGAAAAUUCUACGAAAUAGCUGUUACAAUGUGACGUCGUCAUUGUCAUGAAUAUUCACGAGAAAACAAGUACGAAUCUUAACGUCAUUCUCUGAUCCCUGUUUAAUUCCACGCAAGCAUUGUUUACCCCAGCGUUCGAACGCCACAAACAAGCUUUUGAGGUUGGUGUUCCGACUGUGAAACGUGGACUGGAUUGUGAAUUUUCAGUCACGACCAGAGUUAAAAAUAAUCGAAGCUCUUUUUUGACGACUGAUAAUGAACCUGAUGCGACUCGCGGUGAAUAGAAAAAAUAUUCAUUCAAAUAUCUAUGCUAUUCAUUCAGUUGAAUAUCGUACAAUAUAUUCAUUUCGCUAAUUAUUUAGGAAAAUGUUUUCAAAUGCCGGUAAAGCAUAUAAAACAACAAUCAUCAUCGCUUACAUUGUGCCACGGCCUACUUUGAUGCGUUGUUGUGCAGUCGCUUCGUGUAAUAAUCGGAGAUGAAUGAAAGUCUGCAUGGAUGAAUGGGCGGUUUGUUCGUUUGACGUUUUCAGCUGCGUCACUGAAUAUUGAAAAUGAAUGCGGCUGAAUAUGAUCAAUUUUCAUUCAAUGAAUUUGAAUAUUUUUAACUCUAGUCACGACUAAAAAUUCUGCGUUUCUUCGCGUGCCUCAAGUUCUUCCUAGUGAGUGGAUUGUAAAAGAUGGAGAGCAAUUGCAAUGGCCACUAGAGAACCAUUCCGGUGAUGCCAUAACUGAUAACACUGACUGGUGGCGUAUAAAGAUCAAAUUGAAACCGCUUUGCAACGAUGUAACUAAUUUACUUUUUCUGUUUAAAGUUGUUGCUUACUGCUUCGAGGUUGGAAAUAAUUCUGACUCAAAUUACUGCUUGGCAACGCAAAUUUGAAUGCUUUCUAGAAUGAUACGCUAAGUGGCUUGUUGUUACUACUAAUGCAUGAACAAAGAAUGUGCAGCCAUGGCACUUGUCUUCAAUGGGAAUUGAAAUUUAGUGGUUGCCUGAUACGGCGAUAGGACAUAACCAUUAAUUUUGCAACGCUUAUGGUAAGCUUAUUCCAUCCACACUAAUCAACGAACAGAUCCAGUAGUGAUCGGAGGCGAACGCAAUCAUCGAUAUCACGCUACAUCUGCAGAUAGUCAGCGUACGCGAGUCUGUACUCUGGACCAAGUAACAACAUUGCAUCAUUGAAGUACAAUUCGAACAAUAGUCGGCUGAGGUUACUACCAUGCGGUACUCCAGAUGGGUUGGUGAAAAACGACGAAGUUCUUGACUCGAGCUCAACAUCCCUCUGUAGUUAAUGACAUUACACUUGUCUUCUUUUUUAUGAACAGGAACCACGAAUGACUGCUUCCAAAUCGCACGAAAUUUUGAAUCAGUGAACUGUGGAUCUUCUGCUCAGCGGUUUCGCAAGGGCACCAAUAUUGCGGCAAAGCACGACAGAAGGAAUGCCGGAAGGAACAUUUAAUAGUGCUAAAGGCAAUUCGGAUGAGUGAACCGAUUGCGUUGCAAAUAUCGACAAAAAAAGAGUAGCAAACGAUUCGCAUUUCUCUCCGACUAUUGAUAAUUUCACAUCGUGGGGUAAAACGUUCGUUGGAAUUGUGGAAAACUUUCUCUUACAGUUCGCGUAAUUCCAAAAUGUUUUAGGGCUUCGUUUCGAUCUUGUUUACACCCGCAAAACGUACGAUUUAUAUAGCAAGGAAUUCAGCUAACGACACUCAUUACAUACAAAAUGAAAGCUGCCUUUGUUUUCAGGUGAGGGGCAGUAUCGUAGCCUGCGAUGGGAAGCGUUAAGUUUUAAUUUUAUUUUCUUAGAAGAGACGUGCUCGAUACAAGGAUGACAGCAGGACUACGGACCGGUACGUUAGAAUCCAUCGAAUUAUUCAACACAUUAUACAAAACGUUUCCAUCAUCGUCAGAAUUCUGUCCGUCCAAAAGAACCACCGAAAUGAUUCGUGACAGAGUAUCCAAAAGUGUAUCGACAUCGAUUGUAUUAAAGCCCAACGGCAACAGCUCGCAUUCGGUAUUAUCAAGGGAUGGUUCACGUACAUCUUAUACUAGAAAUGAUAAGCCAAUAACCAACGGCGGAUGAUGAUCAUCAUCACGGGCAGCAGCGGCGAAACAGAAUACAUUACAUCAACGGGCACAUCCAGUGAGCAAAAGAUCAAGUCAAGUGUGCGCUCUAAAUGAUUAUAUAUGCGAUUGGCCUAAUGCAAAUAAGGAAAAUCCAUACUAUCCAAUAGUAAGGAGCCAGCCGCAGAUAGGACCACUGAGUCACAGGGACGAUUUCUAUCGUUAACCAUGAUCCAGGAUAUCCCAUGCUGGUUAUAGUCACCGCAAACUAGCACAUGAUCUGUGUCGGAUCCAUUUUCACAAAAUUUCUUGGAUCGAUUCAAUAUGCACAUUUAGUAUGUCGGUAUCCUUGCUCUUGCCGGGAGGAACAUAAAUGGCACAUAAUAAUAGUCGUUUGGAUCCAAUGAUCAUCUGGUAAUAUUCACAUUUGAACGGAUAAGCUCAUUAUUCACAGCAAGCAGCAUGCCCCAAAGCUCGCUUUGUUUCUAUAUUUCGUAUUCCAUUCGCAGCGGUAUACGCCGUAGUUGCUUCCAAAAAACUGUGACAAUUUGAUAGCUGUUGAUCAAAAUGAUGACAUCUAAGUUGAGUGUAUUACAAUAAAAAUCGUCGAUCGUAGUGAGCAGUCCUCGAACGUUUUGAUAGUAUACCCAGUGGUGACAUCAGGUCCGAAAUAACAAACAACACAAAGUUACUCGUCUUUGGUGGAAACCCUAGGGUUCCCACCAUCCACAGAAAGUCGCCAAAAAUAAUUAUUACGGAUGAAGUAAACCUUAGAAAAAGCCUUAUAUAUUUGUCAGGAUGAAGAGGUUGCGAUAGCUGAGGAGUGUGCUUUAUUUUUUGAAUAGUCGACGAAUUUACUACAUAAAAUUGCUUCCGGUCAAGUAGAAGCAUCAAGAGCAAAUUCCUUCAAUUUUAAAGGACACAUACGUUAAAUUGUUUAUAUCUACAUCUCCGAACCAUUGGCGAAAAACUGCCCACAUACAGAGAGGCAACUUCUGCUAUGUUAAGCUUCAUGUUCAUCCUCACGAAUCGAUGAUUUUACCGGACAUUUCGAAAAGUCAACAGCAACACAGCUUGACCGGACCGAGGCAUAAACUGGCUUUUCAUUGUCACCCAUUGUUCACGUUUCACACCAAUUUGAUUGCAUGCCCUACUAUUGCAGUGGAGCAAUUUUUAGCUGCUGGAUUGAACAAGAUGAGAAAUCCGACUGAUCUGUCAAAAUCAAAAAUGAACCAAAUGAAUCAUUCUCCAUGGAUUAAUUUAGCUGAUAAACGACGCUAUCGUAUCGAACGUUGCCAUUCAACACUCCGAUGUAGCGAUGGCUCGUGCAGGGAAUUCGAUGUACCACUGUGUUGUCUCUAGAAGAGCAGCCAUGUAAAACACAUUUCCUUUCCACUUGCAAGCGCACUUCAAAUGAACGGUUUAUCGUAAAGCUGCCUCGGAAAAAGUAUGUCAACUAGAUUGAUGAUUGCCGUGAUUUAGCUUUGAAACGAUUCCUGCUGCUAGAAACAGCGUGUCGCGAUGCGUUAUCCGCCAAUUGACAGCGAUGAUCGCCCGAAGUUGUUUCCCAGUGCACAAAUGGUGCCCUGGCUCGGAUGAGUUUCGCAGCGUAUUCCAUCGCGAAAAGAAGUUGUCUCGGUAUGAGUAUGUCACCAACGAAGCAAUAAAAGUACGUAUAUUAACGUGAGGUCCGAAUAACGAACUGUUUCUCAUCAACAUCAACGACUGUCAACGACCAGCGACCAAAGGGAUCAUCUAAUCUGAGAUUGCAAGAUUCUUCGAUCCACUGGGAUUGUUCUCGCCGACGAUGGUUAUCGCUAAGUUUCUGAUGCAGUAUUUCUGGAAAACAAACAGGAUAAGAUGUCAUUAUGGAUGAAUGAUUCCGACAAGAAUGGCGACUGUUUAAAAACUUGCUGUCUCACAUAAAUCUCAUCGCGGUACCAUAUUUUCUUAUACCGUUUCCUACAAACUACUUUUCUGAUGCUUCUGUACAGUUCCACCAUCUAAGUCAUGAGUUAUUGAUUAGUCAAGCAGAUUCAUUUGCUUCGCAGAACGAUUUGAAACACGUCGUCGAAUGUAAUGACAUUUUAUACAGCAUCCCAGCAGAUAUAGAUAAUGACACCAUUAAAGUUAUAGCUACAAUAGCUGGCACCGCGUACUAAUGCUGGCAUUAUCAAACAACACGUUUCAAAAUACGGAGAAAUGGGUACCGUUAAUGAAGAUACGUAGAGGAACUUCUUCCCAGGCAACCACGUUCGUUUGCCAAAACCUAUCCAAUUCAAAUUAUUUCAGUGAACUUUGACCACGCACCCAGAGCAGAUUCCUAUGUGCCAACUCUGUGAUCAGCCACUAUACCACGGAAAGCCUUGCGUAGAGGCUUCUAAGCAAAUCCCAUCGAUUACGACCAACAAUAGUACACAGUCGUCAUAUGCUAAACCACAACCGGUUGCUAAACCACUGAAGACCGGGCAGUAACAAACACUAACACUAGCAACGAUCGGGCUCAGUACCACUAAACCAAAUGCAAUAACAAAACUCCAAACCAACAACCAACGUCACCAAUAAAGUGAUCCGAAAGCACAAGCAACAAAAAGGAACAUAAUGCAGUACUGAUGACGACAUGGACAUGAACGAAAACGCGAGAGAAGGCAGACCAAAUGAUCCCCAAAUUGCGGCGGACCACGCAACUAAUGUUCCUCUACCGAGAAAGAGAAUUUCGUUUUGAAAUGCCACCGAGGUGCCAUUUCAAAACGAGUUUUAUUUCUUACACGCAUUGAAAACUUUUCUUGUCAGUUCUCAGUGAUUAUGUUGCGUAAAAAGCUGUAUAGAUGAUUGUCUAAGCAACUAUUUUUCUCUAUAACUUCUAUUUACAAAAAAAAUAUCUUCAAAAGUCUAGUUUCGUUUGUAAACAGCUCACUGGAAUACGCGAAUUAAUAAUUAUCCUAAAUUACUGAGCAUGUUGAAUAACGUACCUUAAAUCAGUACACGCUUCUUUCUCCCAGUUUAUCCAGAGCAAAUAGGAGGCUCCUUUUUACUCCUGUUUGCUAACAGAACAAGAGAAUUCAGGUGCAGUUUUCUCCCUGUUUGCUCCGGAGUACUUUCAGUUUCUCCUGAUACUGGAACAAACCUAAUGGCAAUCCACAUUGUUCGACUACAAAUGUUGGCAGUGUUUGACAGUUCUCUCAGUGCCGCUACGGUAGGGGGGUCUUUGAAAGCUUAUCGAGUGCAUGUGUAUUGUACUUCCAUCGUUCCCCUUCUCAUUAUGGCGAACACCCGAAAAAGCUCUAGUCGAAAUUGGAAAAGCAAGCAUACACAAUUAAUCGGUUACUAUCACAUAAGUAAAAUUAUAAUUUGUUUCGUUUGUUUAAGUAGGGGAGAAUAUGAACUAUCUAGUAUGUGAUUCCAGUGAUUUAAGGUUAGAACUAGCCUUCGCGUACAUCUUUCCGUCGAAAUAGAGUUAUUAAAAGUUAAACAAGUUUCAACAAAAGAAGGCGAUGCUAAUGGUACGAGCGUAGAGUAAAGUUUGGCUGAAUCAGAAAAAAAGACUGGUUUUCUAUGUUUUGUUUUUAAAUUAUACCAAUAUACUAUUGGAAAGCACAAACACCUUAGGCAAGAAAACACUCGAGUGAACCAUUGAAAACAAAAAUCGUUGAACGCAACUAAAACUCAUAUAGUUAAAAUGUAUGUGAAAAAAUAGGAAAUUUUUAGGUCUGUGCCAAACCGACUUUUUCAACCUAGAUCGCACAAGUACACUUUCCAUCAUUCGCAUCUGGUGUAGGUUGAUCGGGAAAUAAAUGCCAUUUCCAUUCAGAGUCCUUUGUGCACAUUUCACCGAAGAAUUAGUCGAAAUUAGGAGCGCAAAUUUUGCGUUGCAUCUGUUGCCAUCAUUUCGCAAUCAGCCGCUAUCACUAAAGUCUGGUAAGGACAGAGAACAAGGUAACCUGGCAUGAAGAUUGUCCCAAUUCAACUCGCAGAACUAUGGUUGAAAAAUAAAGCUUGUUUCGAUGCGCUAUGAUCGCGAAAGCGGCAAACCGUAAGAAAAACAAAUGCACGCAACAGAUACCGUACUACGUCUAUCAAAACCAUAACUGACACAUUCACAAAAACACACAUUCAUAAACGUGUAAAUUUACCGUUCCUUCUAAUUCCUAUAGGAAACAAUAAUAAAUAACACAACCAUAAAAAAAACAAACGAACAACAAUAAAAACUAACUAAAACACGAUAGGUGACAUAGAACUCGUACUAGUUAAAAUUCGUCGCAACUUCGAGCAAAAGUUAUAAAAUAAAAUCUUUAAAAAUGAUGAAACCAACAACUAAAUGGUAGUUGAAAUAUAUCCACUAUUAUUUCUACAAACACUAGUGUUUAGAAACUAGCGCCGGAGCAGAUAACCAGAUACGAAGGAAAAGAUUUUAUAAAUCUUAUGAGAUAUUCUCAUGUUUUAUUAUGAUUAUUAUCAUCAUCAAACACCUAUACUUUUACACCUAUCUUAGAUGGUUUAAGCAUUUAUUAGUUCUUCCACGCAUAUUGUUUUCUGCUAUGUAUUUCUGGAAAAGCCAGACGAUGGGUUUAUUGACUGAGAAAACUGUCGUUGGCCUAUAUAGUUAGUUUACGGUGUGAUAAGAAGCGGAAACACCUACCAAGCGCAAGUGGAAUUAGCAAUCGAGAGAAAAUAAAAUGUAAUCAGAUUAUUCUAGCAAGUAAGGCAAGCGAUGGAAAGGGGUUUUGAGGCGGAGAAGAAUUGGGAAAGGGAUAAGGGAAGAGACGACUCAUAAAUAAACAAACACACACACAUAGCCCCCAGUGAGUGGGGUUUUACCUUAAGGAUAUUAGUGUAGAUGGGAAAAUAAGAAUGGGCGCGAAAGUUAUUGAAGCAGACAAGAAAAACGAUGGUAAACAAAAAUGCAACAUGAAGAAAAUAAAGUAAAUGUAAAAUUUUAUGUGAAAUUAUCGCAA